AUGGCAAAAAUGAAAAACCUAUUCAACAUACCUUUGCCUGCGAGGAGAUUACCACAAGUAAUCAAGGCCGUAUCUCCAGUAACAACUGAAGAACUCUUGCCCUGUCUAGGGGGGCUCAGGACUAAAGGCAUCUCGAACCAUGGCACUCAAAAGCCUUUAUCUGUUGGCGUUUGUGUCAGUGGCGGUCCCGAUUCUAUGGCACUGGCAUGGUUAUUGAAGCAGAUAUCCAUGGUUGACAAACGACUGCAGAUCGAGCCGGUUGCAUUCAUUGUUGAUCAUAAAGCGCGUGAAGGGAGUCGAGAGGAGGCCGAAUUCGUCGCCGGUGAGCUAGACAAGCUUGGCAUAGCAAACCACAUCCUUACGAUAAGCUGGCCGGGAACUUCGAAGCCUUCUCAGCUAUCUGAUUUCGAAAAUCGUGCUCGAGAGUACCGUUAUCGUUUAAUUGCUAAAGCAGCGAUUGGGAGAAACAUAAGGCAUCUCUUCGUUGGCCAUCAUCAGGAUGACCAGUUUGAGACAAUCCUAAUGAGGUUACUCCGGAAUGCGCCUACUGGUUUUCUUGGUUUGCAAGGCAUGGCAGCUAAGACAGCAAUCCCUUGUUGCGAGAGUGUUCGGGGCGCUCACGAAUGGCCUGGUUAUGAGAGCUUCUCACAGUGGAUUCGAAAUGGAGACACAAACACCGAUCUGCGGCAAGCUGAAUUAGCAAGUGCGUCAGAUAUCAACUUUCAGAAGCUUGUGACUAUGCCACGCCCACAAGGUCUUCUGGUCCAUCGCCCUCUCCUGGAUUUUCCAAAGUCAAGACUUGUGGAGGUCUGUGACACCCAUCAUAUCAAUUAUGUCAGAGACAAGACCAACAACGAUCCGACUCUGACAAUGCGCAAUGCCGUACGAUAUCUCAGAUCAAAUCAUGUGCUUCCGCAGGCUUUGCGUACGAAUUCCAUUCUGGGACUGGGCCGAUGGGCACAAGAUAGAACGCAAGCUCUGGUGAAGAGAGGUACAAAUCUCCUGAAUACUCUUCAAGAUUUGAAAUUCGACCUUCGUUCCGGUGCAUUGACUGUGCGAAUCCCCCAAGACUUUAUUCUGGCCUGCGAAGAUGACCCUGAGGCCACGGCUAAUGCCUUGGCUCGUCUCACGAACGUGGUGAGCUUUCAGCCCAGGGAUUCUGUACCAACGGUUAUACCGUGGCAAAAUUUGCACGAAUUUCGCCAGCAAAAUCUCUCCCAAAAGUCGCACUCGAUGACAGUCCAACGCGCUUUUCUCCAAAGACUAACGGAUCAUGCUUUAAGAGAGGAGGGAGGCGUCGUAUGGAGGCUCUCAAGGCCCCCAAUGCGCGCUGCAGAGAUUGAGCUAGCUACGACAAAAUUCACUGUUCCCGAACGAUAUGAGAUGGAGUCUGCUAUACAGAAGGAGAAUCGUUGUCUUACUCUCGGCCAAAGAGGCUUGUGGUCAGCCUGGCUCCUCUGGGAUCAUCGCUACUGGAUUCGCAUCAGGACCAAAGACAUCCAUACUCUGGAUCAAAUCGAAAUACGGCCUUUUCAGAAAAAAGACGAGUUGAAUUUGCAGCAUAAUCUCGGGGACGACAGAUACGUCUUUCAAAAAGUGUUCGCUAAAGUAGCGCCAGGCAAGUUGAGGUAUACCCUUCCUGUACUGACCUGGCAGGGAAACAUCUGCGCCUUCCCGACUCUAAAUUUCCUGAUCCAAAGCCAGCUGUCAAACAGUGCUAUGCCCCUUCCUGCGCAAGGCCCAUCCCUUGGAUGGGAAAUUUGUUUUAAGAGCAUCGACGAGUAUUUCCUGACGGAACGGAAAAAGUCGAUAGGAUGGAUCGAACGUGAGACCCACAACGACGAUCUGCAUCUACCUUAG